AUGAUUAUAUAUUAUUUUUUAAUAAUUUUAUUUUUAAUUAUAAAAGAUGUUUUAAUUUCAUUAUUAUUUUUUGCAAGUUGUUUAUGUAUAUUUUUACAAAGUGGUAUACCAGAUCUAAGAAAACAUAUUGUUAUAUUUUGUAUUAUAUUUAUGAUUAAUUAUGGAUGUUGUAUUUUAUUUAUGGAUUGGUUUUAUAUUGAUACCACCGGAACCAAACCAUACAGAGGUAGAAUUUUAGCAACCAAAAUUCAUUGGGGUGAAGAAGCAACCAUUCUCGUUAGUAUGGCAUUAUUAGGUUGCAUUUUUAUUGUUUUGGAGAAAUUCAUUAAAUCUUAUGCAAGAUGUGUAGCUGAACAACAUUAUCAAAUUCAAUGUUUACAAAAAGAAAAAGAAAAACUACAAACUGAAAUUAAUAUUUCUUUAAAAAAAUUAGAUCUUGAUACACCAAUCGAAAAAAUUAUGGAUAUAUUAAGAUCAAUGAUUAAUACAUCUGAAAGCGAAAAUGAUAAAAAGCAAUUAAUUAAAGUUAUUGCAGUUUUAGGAUCAAAUAAAUUAUAUGAUCCUGAUUUUAAAUUUGAAACAUGUACAGAUGAUGCAGAAGUUUAUUCUUGGUUACAAUCAAUGUUAAAUAGAGAAGUUGGAUAUAGUAAUGUUAAUAAUAAUAAUAAUAUGAUGAUGAUUGAAAAUAACAAUAAUAAUACUAUAAUCAAUAAUAAUUUAAUUGAACCAACAUCACCAAAUUUUUCAAAGAAAUUAACAAGUAGUGAUUUAAUACCAAGAAUUAGAUCAAUGCCAGAGAUAACAGAUCAAGGUAUUCAGGAAUUAAUAAUUAAUAAUUUUUUAGAAUGGGAUUUUCCAGUUUUUCAAUUAAGUGAAAUUACCGAUGGUAAUCCAUUAUUUUAUAUGUCAUAUUUUUUAUUUAGUAGACAUAAAUUCUUUGAAAAGUUUAAAAUCGGUAUUGACUGUUUUAAAAAUUUUAUGCGUAAAAUUGAAUCUGGUUAUGAUUCAACCAAUCCAUAUCAUAAUUCAAUUCAUGCAACUGAUGUAUUACAUAAUUUAAAUUAUUUCAUUGAGAAGAGUUUUGGUAAAUUCUUAACUGAUAUUGAACUAUUUUCAAUGAUAUUGGCUGCCAUAAUCCAUGAUUUCAAACAUCCAGGUGUAAACAACCAUUUUCAAAUUAAUUCAAAAUCAAGAUUAGCUUUAAAAUAUAAUGAUAAAUCAAUUUUAGAAAAUUAUCAUUUACAUCAAGCUUUCAUCAUUAUGAAUGAACCUGAAUCUGGUAUACUUUUAAAAUUAUCUGAUUCUGUUAGAAAAGAAAUUAGAGAAACAAUAAUUGCUUUAGUUUUAUCAACUGAUAUGGCAAAACAUUUUAAUUUAGUUGGUAGAUUUAAAUCAAUGGCUAAUAGUUUCCCAACAACAACUAAUACCCAACAACCUUCUUCUUCCUCUUCUUCCUCUUCAUCAACAACAAUUCCAACUUCAACAAUAACUCCAACUCCAAAUUCAACAACCUCAACAACAACAACAACAACAACAACAACAACAACAACAAAUAAUAAUAAUAAUAAUAAUUCAAAUAAUAAUAGUUUAAAUAAUAUUAUUAAUAAUUGUAGUAGUAGUAAUGGUAGUAUGGGUGCCAGUGGUGCUGAUAAUAGUAAUAGUAAUAAUACCAAUAAUAGUAAUAGUAAUAAUCAAAAUCAAUGUGGUUCAAGUAUUUUCUUGAAUUCAAAUAAAAAAGAUCGUUUAUUAUUAAUGAAAAUAUCGAUUAAAUGUGCAGAUAUUUCAAAUCCUUCAAAACCAUGGAAUCUUUAUACAAAUUGGUCAAAUAGAGUCACAAGUGAAUUCUAUAAACAAGGUGAUAAAGAAAAAGAAAGUAAUAUGGAUGUUUCUGCUUUUAUGGAUAGAAAUAAACCUGCAACUACAAAAUGUCAAAUUAAUUUUAUCAAUAUUUUUGUUGCUCCAAUUUAUGAAAUUUGGUCUCACCAUUUUCCACAAUUUAAAUUAUGUUAUCAAAAUAUUUUAUCAAAUUUAUCAAGAUUAGAAAUUGAACAACAACAACAAUUACAACUUCAACAACAACAACAACAACAAUUGCAACAACAACAACAACAACAACAACAAAUUCAUCAACAACAACAACAACAACUUCAUCAUCAUCAACAACAGCAACAAUUUCAACAUCAACAACAUCAACAACAACUUCAACAUCAACAUCAACAACAAUUGAAUAAUCAAAAUCAAAAUCAAAAUCAAAGUAAUAGUAAUAAUAGUAAUAGUUUUGGUUUAACUCAAUCAAAUUAUUUAAUUGUUGUUUAA